AUGUGGCGAUACGGAGCAGCACUGCUGCUGCCCGUGCUCUCGGCGGGGGUUAAUGCAUCGGUUGUUGCAACAUCGCUGCAGUUGCUCAACAGCCAUGGGGCUUCAUCGGAAGACAAAGCAGCUGGUCCUUCUGUUGUGCUUACUGCCGUUAGUGACGGCGUCGAUGCCUCCUUGGCCGAGAUGCAUGUGAAAGACGGUGCCAGCCUUUCUUCUGUGACGACACAGCAGAGUAUUAGGCCGUACAGCAGUGCGAAAUCUUCUAUGCCUUACUGCCACAACUGCUUCUCGGAGAAUGCAGCCUCCUGCCGCGUCUGUCUACAUGGCGAGCAUGAGUCCAGCUUUUUGAUGCCAAUGACUCCCUCGCGCUUAUCGGCAGAGCGGGAGGAGGCGUCAUUCGCGGCGCUGGAGACCAAUCACUAUGCAGUUAAGAAUUUGAAUAAGACGUUCUACAUGAAGCGGGGGGAAGGGCCUUUUGGGUCUUUAGGAAACAAGGAAAUAAUACGGGAGAAGCAAGACGACAGGUCGGGCAGCUUCCUUCAAAGCCAAGGCAGCACCGAUAUCCUGGACCUCGAGUUAGGGCUUGCGGAAACGUCCGUGCCCAUAAUGCAAAUGAAAGAUAGCCAGUACUGCGGCAUGCUGGGUAUUGGGACGCCUCCCCAGUGGGUUAGGCCGAUCUUCGACACGGGCAGCACGAACUUGUGGGUCGUCGGUUCCAAGUGCACGGAUGACACAUGCAAGAAGGUGACGCAGUUUGAUCCGACAAAAUCAGGGACAUUCGAGUACACAUCACCUCCCGUCCACUUGGACAUUACCUUCGGCACCGGCCGAAUUGAGGGCACAACGGGAGUCGAUAACUUCCAGAUCGGGCCCUUCACCGUGAAGCGGCAAACCUUUGGACUGGUGGAAGGCGAAGGCGGUCACAACAUGCACGGAAAUAUCUUCAAGUCCAUCGAUUUCGAGGGGAUUGUCGGAAUGGGAUUUCCGGAAAUGUCCAGCACUGGCGCAACGCCCAUUUAUGAUAACAUUAUGAACCAGGCACAGCUGAAGCGCAGUGAAUUCGCCUUCUACGUGGCAAAAGGAUCGCCGGUGUCGGCUUUGUUUUUUGGUGGUGUCGACCCUCGUUUCUACGAGCCGCCAAUUCACAUGUUUCCUGUAGAGCGGGAACAUUAUUGGGAAGUUGCCUUGGACGCGAUCUACGUCGGCGACAAAAAGUUUUGCUGCGAAGGUGGAACCAAGAACUACGUUAUUCUCGACUCGGGGACUAGCUUCAACACACUGCCAGGCGCAGAAAUGAAGAGCUUUUUAGAAAUGAUCCCUUCACAGGACUGCGGGGGGGAAGAUGACCGAUUUCUUCAGCAGUACCCCGACAUCACCUAUGUCAUUGGAGGAGUUAGUUUCGUGUUAAAGCCCGAAGACUAUCUGGUUCGCAGCAAGAUGAAUAUUUGCAAGCCGGCCUACAUGCAGAUCGAUGUUCCCUCUGAAUUUGGCCAUGCGUAUAUUCUGGGAUCCGUGGCUUUCAUGCGCCACUUCUUCACCGUAUACAGACGUUCAGACGGGAAAACGCCUUCUCUUGUUGGCAUUGCACGAGCAGUGCACAGCCCCGAGAAUAAGCAGUACUUGCAGCAGGUGGUGGACGCAUAUCCGGCUGGCACUUUCAAAGAAGGAGACCUUCUUGCUCUGCAGAGAAUGUCGGGGGCGAAGGCCCCUCGCCACAAGUCGCCUAGUGGUCAAAGGAACACCGAGGGUGUUCGAGACGGGUUGAAUGCCGCAUGUGAGAAAGCCCCCGGCGGCCCCGCUGUAGUUGCUUGUAGCAGUAGUCAAGCCUCAGGGGUCUUUUUAGAGAAGGAUGCCGACAAACCUUCAGGGCACCAGUUUUUUAGGUGGUCCGGCAGUUCGAAUAUGGCGCUAAGGUCUCUUCCGAGUGCAGUUGUAGCCUGCGAAGCAUUCGUGGUGUUAGCUCGUGAUGAGUCCUUUGCAACGGGGGCUUCCUCGCGCGAUUCUUACCUUCAGCUUCUGGGAGGGCUUGGGAAUAUCCACCUCCGGCACCCUAGAGGACAUUCCAUCGCCGAUGGGGCUUCAAGAGAACAGACUCUACCAAGGCAGAAGACGGUCGUACCAGUUAACAUCCCCUGCAGCGGGAGUUCUGAAUGCGCUGAAUGA